CCAUCACGAGAGGAGGCACGCCGCCAACAGAAUUGGGUGUGCAAUUGCCGUCAAGCCUUACUUCAGGAACGUAGCUUCGCUUGUGGGCCAACCAAAGAUUGCCAUGGCUGCCAUGGGCGUUUCACGCCUAGCGCAAUUGGUUCCCUCAAGCUCGGCCGCUUCGCAACCCCGGCCUUGUGGCUGCGCCGUGCCGGUGCCGGCGCGUGCCCCUGCUUGUGCUCUUCUCCCCACGGCGCGGGCAUGGACUACUGAGCGCUCGGUGGACUCCCAGCCGUCAACCUCUUCUCGCAACGUCAUUGCUGCUGCGGGCCGGCGGCAAGGCCCUAGCAGCCCCAGCGGACCCGCAACACCCAGCGCUGGCGGCUCCGCCGGGCCAGCGGCGCCAAGCCACGGCCUUGUGGGCGUCCUGCCCUUUGAUGAGGCCUCGUACGUGGAGGUGGGCCGUGUCACGGGCGCGCACGGGGUGCGUGGCGAGCUGCGAGUGGAGCCGUCCACGGACCAGCCCGCCAAGCGGUUCAAGGCGGGCAGCAAGCUGUACCUACUUCCGCCCGCGGCCCAGGGUUUAGCGGCUCGCGCCAUCCCCCAGGCGUUGACGCUGGCGCCGGUGACGUCUCGCGGCGCCAAGGUGCGGCCGCUGGGCAAGGGUGAGGAGGCCUGGCUGGUGGCACUGGACGAGGUCGGCAGCCGCACACAGGCGGAGCAGCUGCGCGGCCACCUGCUGUACGUGGCGGCCAGCGACCGCGAGGCGCUGCGCGACCCGGACGAGUUCUACGUCACCGACAUCAUCGGCUGCUCCGUGCUGGACCAGGCCUCGGGGCGGCUGGUGGGGCAGGUGGUGGACGUGUUCAGCGGCAUGGGCACACACGACACGCUGCGCGUCAAGCUGCGCGCCAGCGAGGCAGACAUCAUGAACAGCCGCAUCCGGUACUGCAUGAUCCCCUUUGCCAAAGCCAUCUGCCCGGUGCUGGACCUCAAGAGCCGUACGCUGGAGGUGGCGCCGCCCGAGGGGCUGCUAGACAUGGCGUCCGCGGUGCCGCUUAAAAAGCCGCUGUCGGACGAGGCCAAGGCGCAGAAGCUGCAGGAGCUGCGUGAGCAGCUGCAGAAGGAGGAGGAGGCGCGGCAGCAGCGCAAGCAGCAGCAGCCGCAGGCCAGCGAGGCGUCUGCCGCGGCCAAGGAUGACAGUGACUCGGAUUCGGAUGACGAUGCAGCAGACGAGGGCGAGGGCGAGGGCGAGCAGGAAGCGGAGGUGGAGCAGGCGGCGGCGCCCCCGCGGCGGCGGCCAGGGCUGCGGCGAGGCGCGGGCGGCCUCCGGUUGGGGAGGAAGCGGGUCUGAGAUGGACAUCCGGAACGUUGACAGGGCACCUUGCCGGCACCUCUGCUUGCCAGUGCGACGAAAUGCGAUUGAUUUGAGCAGGGUCAGGGUGUAAGCUUGCACCAGGUGGGUGUUUGUUAGGUCAGCAGGUGUGCUCUUGGUGCCAAGUGUUAGUGGCCGUUUGAGGGGGAGCCGUGACAGUUGUGUUUUACCUGUCAUAGUAUGAUACAUUGUUGGCAACUGCCCGAUGCCCAACGUGUCGUGGCGUGUAGAUCCGUCAUGGGAAUGGAUUGAAGAGGCUAAAAGCGCCAUGUCCUCGUGACCAUGAAAGCGCACC